CUAUGUGACAAUGACGGAGAUUGAAGAAAAUGUAAUUCGCAUGGAGGAUAUAUUGGAUAAAAAAAAAGAAAAGCCAGUUGCUUCUAUUCAAUCCAAAAAAGUGAAUAAACUUAGUAAGCAUGUUGAGAAGGUUGCUGUGCCCAAAGGCAAGCCAAAAUCAGGAAGGGUUUGGAAGGAACCGAGAACUAGAUUCUCAUCUAUAAUAAAGACUCGUGGUACGCGACUAUCUUUUGAAAAAAAACAAAAAUUAAGGGCUGAGUUGAAACGGGUGAAAGAUCUUUCCAGGGCUGUUAUAGCCCAACGCCAAGCUGAAAAAGAGGCAAAAAAGCAAAGAAGAAUUGAGAACUUGAAGCGUGCUGAAGAAAAUCGAAAAAAGAGUGAAAUAGUCCAAGUAAUCAAGAAUACCGCCAAGAUAAAGAAUAUGAAGAAAAAACAUCUGAGAAAGUUGGAGAAGCGUGAUACGACAAACAUGUGAUUUAUUCAUAAUGUUAGAACAUAACUAACUUAUACAGAUAUUUUUUCCAAUAAACGUAAUUCGCAGUUUA